UAUGGGUAGCUAAUAAUCAAAAACUCGGUAGUUCCUUUGUAAAUGAGGCACUUGUGUUUUUACUCAAGCUCUUAUAUAAUGUAUUUAAAUUAAGUAGCGCCAUAGCCUCUGCCCAUAUUUUAAAGAUGAAUAAUACAAAAGAGCUAGAAGGGGAAACCGAAAACAUUUCUAUAUCAUGCGUGGGAGACGAGAAUGAUUUGUUCACAACCUUUCAAGUCUCGUUCUUUGCAAUGUGCCGAUUGGGGUCGUUUCCCUGGAACGAGUUCGAGGCGAAGCUGAAGAGUUCAGAUUCCUCACCAGUGCUACAGGAGAUACUAAAGAAGACUGUCUGCCAUCCAGUUUGUAGAAGAAACCCCCCCUCUGUGAAAUACAGAAGGCUGUUCCUGCAAGAAAUUAUAAAACGGCACGAAGCCACCCUGACAGAACCCUUGGAUGAGUUGUAUGAUGCCUUGGCUGAGGUUCUGGGAGCAGAGGAAGGAAAAGUUUGUCAUAAAAACUACCUCCUGCCUUCAGGGGAUGUUGUGAGCCUGGCAGAGAGCGUGGCUGUCAUCUCUGAAGGGACGACAGGCCUGGUCACGUGGGAGGCAGGUCUCUGCUUGGCAGAAUGGGCAUUGGAGCUCCCACAAGUCUUCAAAGACAGGUCAGUGCUGGAGCUGGGCAGUGGAGUGGGACUGACUGGCAUUGCUCUGUGUAAAUCCUGCAGCCCCAAGAGGUACACAUUCAGCGACUGCCACCCCACUGUGCUUCAGCAGCUGCAGAGCAACGUGGAGCGCAAUGGCCUGGCUGUAAGGGGGAACUCAGUGGCUGACUCGAGCUCAGCCGGUGUGGGGGUGGCAGUGGAGGGACUGGACUGGGAAACUGUUUCUCAAGAGCAGCUUCAAGAUCUUCAGGCUGACGUUGUGAUAGCCUCAGAUGUGGUUUAUGAUCCAGAGAUUGUUUGCUGUCUAGUGGGGCUGCUUUCAAAACUUUUAUCCUGCACAGUCAAGGACAGCAUCCCUGAAGUUUACAUUUCGUCAACAAUCCGCAACCCAGAGACGUACAGCUUCUUCAAGACAGAACUCGGUAAAAUUGGGAUCAGACAGCAAGCCAUUCCAGGUCCUACAAGACAGGUGUUCCCCUAUAACAGGUCUCUCACAGUCCCAAAGGAACAGAUUGCGAUUUUCCAUCCCCUUUUAUGCUGUCACACAUGAUCCCUUG